CGCAGGCGCUUUGUAGUGACGUGACGUAAUUAUCCAUUCAUAAUUUUUGUUCAUUCAAUAAUUUAGUAAACUUUAUUUUGAAGUACUAUGAAGAAGUGUUCAGAUUAACUAAAGCAAAGCCCAAUUAGAUUCGCGUUCUACGCAUAAUAAUUAUCUUCAACAAUGUACAUUUAUUAGUUAAACUUUAAACUGCAUUCAUUGAUAAAAUAAUGCAUUAGUUGCGCACAUGCGCAAUGCAAGCGGCAACAUCCAUCUGUGCGUGUGUGAUGAUACUGAUGAUAAACCUUGUUGGAAAAUGUGGAUAAAUGAGACUAACCUAGUGUUUUUGUACGAAUGGAUUUCAAGUGCUCAGUAAAUACGUCCGAAGAAAGACUUGAACAGAACAUUACGACACUCCGGAAGUGGCGGGACAGGCUCAGGCUCGUUCCGAAAGAGAUAACAGCGGAUGAAAGAGAUAAACAGUAAUGGAUUUAACAUGGCGGACGAUAUGCGUAAAGUGCGAGUCGAAGAACGAUUAAAAAUAAAGAUCGGUGAAGCCAAGAACUUGCCGGCGCGUAGCCAUGGCGCAGCGUGCCACCGGGACAUCUACUGCGUGCUGUCGCUAGACCAGGAGGAGAUCUUCCGCACCUCCACAAUGGAAAGAACUCUUAAUCCGUUUUUCGGCGAGGAGUUCCAGUUCGAAGUGCCACGUAGAUUUCGAUACCUUUCCAUAUACGUGUUCGAUCGGGAUAAGCACCUCAAACAGGACAGAGUGCUCGGAAAAGUGGCCAUCAAAAGGGAAGACUUGCACCGGUACAACAACAAGGACCACUGGUUCGCGCUGCGGCCCGUGGACGCGGACUCGGAGGUGCAGGGCAAGGCCUACAUCGAGCUCUCGCUGGAGGACUCGAGAAAGCGGCUGCGCAUGGAGCCUAAGCCGCCGGACCCCGACCCUGGCGCGGAUAACUGCCCGUCCAAAGCGAACAAAGGAAAGAAUCUCGGGAGGCUUUCGGAGUACUGUAAGGAGAGCAUGCGGUUCGGCUCGUGUUCGAGUUCGACUAGCAAAAAGCUCCUGAGCACCGUUGCGACUGAACCCGCCAUGUCGCUCUCGCGUUCGGAGAGCCUGAAGGACCGGGCGCAGUGGGCGGUGCGGGCCAAGCCGCCUAUGCACGCCAUGUCCGAGUCGGACACGUCGCCCUCGCCGACCGCCGCCGACUACUGGUCGGAUCCUGAGCGGCACUGCGCCGCGCGCCAAGGGCCCGACACCAUCCGCCUGCGGGUGCUCGAAUGCUCAGAGCUCACCACGAAAAACGGACAGUGCGAUCCCUUCGCUCUCGUCACCAUACUUUAUUCGAACGGACGAAGAGUCGAAAGACGCACUAAACCCAAAAAGAAAACAGUUAAUCCUCAAUUUGAUGAAAUAUUCUGCUUCGAUCUCGUUUUGGAGGCGGACCCGAAAGACAAGGAUGGCUCGCAAUCGGCGGGCGUGGCGAGUGAGGCGCGCGUGUCCGUGUGGCACGACGCGGCCACCCCGGUGUUCCUGGGCGAGGUGCGGCUGCAGCUGCGGCAGCCGGCGCCCGCGCCGAGGGCUUGGUUCUUCCUGAGCGCGCGCGCGGGCGGCGCGGCGUCGCGCGGCGCCACGCCGCCGGGCACGCGCCUGUCGGCGGCGGGCGGCGCCGCGCUCGGCUCGCUGCGCCUGCUGCUCCAGUACACAGUCGACCACGUCUUCCCCAUACACCACUACCGCCGCCUCGAGGAGCUCUUCCUUAUGAGUGUCACACAGAAGCCCAUCACCACGUCGGCGGUGUACAUCUUGGGGGAGAUCGUGGCGAGUAAGACGGACGCGGCGCAGCCGCUGGUGCGGCUGUUCACGCACCACGACCUCAUCGUGCCCGUCGUUCGGGAACUCGCCGACGCGGAGAUAUCUGUGCUUACGGACGCGACGACGAUAUUCCGUGGCAACACGCUGGUGUCCAAGAUGAUGGAUGAAGCCAUGCGGCUGAGCGGCGCCGCGUACCUGCGCUCGGUGCUGCGGCCGACGCUGGCCGCCGUGCUGGCCGACCGGCGGCCCUGCGAAAUCGACCCCGCGCGCGUCAAGCCCGCUGCCGCCGUGCAGCCCAACCUCGCCAACCUCAAUCACUAUGUACAGAGGGUGUUCGACUCGAUAACGUCGUCGUACGCGAUGUGCCCGGCGGUGAUGUGCCGACUGUUCGACGCGCUGCGGCAGAGCGCCGCGCGGCACUUCCCGCACAACGCGGAGGUGCGCUACUCGGUCGUCUCCGGGUUCAUCUUCCUGCGCUUCUUCGCGCCCGCCAUACUCGGCCCGAGGCUCUUCGACCUUACCACCGAACAAAUUGACCCGCAAACGAACCGGACGCUGACGCUGAUCUCGAAGACGAUCCAGUCGCUGGGCAACCUGGUCAGCAGCCGCUCGGCGCAGCAGGUCUGCAAGGAGGAGUACAUGGCCGAGCUCUAUCGAAGCUUCUGCACACCUAGACACGUGCAAGCAAUAAAACAAUUCUUGGAGAUAAUCUCCACGAGCUCAGACACGCAGAGCAGCAGCGUCCAGGAGUCGCCGGUGCUGCUUAAGGAGGGGACGAUGAUCAAGCGGUCGGAGGGCGUGCGCGGCGGCGUGGGGUCGCCGCGGCGGCGCUGGGCGCGCGCGGCGCAGGCGCACGCCAAGCGGCGCCACUUCCGCCUCACCAGCGGCGAGCUGACGUGGUCGCGGUGCGGCGCGAAGGCUGCGGCGCACCGCCUGCCGCUGGCGGGCGUGCUGGCCGUGGCGCCCGUCGACUGCCCCACCGCUGGCGCGCCUCUCGGCGCCAGCAACAUUUUCCAAAUAGUGCACCUCGAGCGCGUGCUGUUCGUGCAGGCGAGCAACUGCGUGGAGCGCGCCGAGUGGGUGCGGCUGCUCACGGCGCUGUGCCGGCACUCGCCCGUCUCGCCGCCGCACAAGGGCUACUACGCCGACACCGAGUGGACGUGCUGCGGUCGGCGCGAGGCGGAGGCGGAGGGGUGCGGCGGGUGCGAGGCCACGGAGGCGGGCGAGCGCGAGACGCUUCGCGGGCCGGCGGCGCUAGCGCUGCGGCUUGACCCCGCGCGCGACCUGCAGCGCCUGCACGCGCUACUCGUGGCGUACGCCGCGCCAAUCGACUCGCGCGCGCUCGCGUUACAAGAAGGGCCACCGUCGGAAGAGCGCGAAGCGGAGGCGGCCACGCUGCGGGAGCUGCAGGAGGCCAUGUUCGACCUGGAGCACCGUCACCGUGUCUACCACCGCUCGCUCGCGCGCGAGACCAAAUACGGCAGCAAGCAAGCACCCAUCGGUGACGACAAUUACCUUCACCUUGCGGGCGCCGGGUCGGGUAUGUCGGGCAUGGGCGGCAGCGAAGGCGGCGCCUUCCUCUGGCGCACGUGGCGCAGCGAGCCGGCCCCCGACGCCGCCGCGCCGCCAGCGCCGCUCCACGGCUCGCUCGACGUUGCCUCCAGCACAGAGUCGCUCAAGCUGUCGCGGCAAAUCGACGAGCGCUCUUCCGGCAAGUCCAACAAGUCCACGGGAAGCGGCUAUUUAACUAUGUCUUGCCUCAAACAGGAGCCCUCCGAGGACAGCGACAACUCGACCGGUAAACCUGCGCGACCGCCCAAACCUGCGCGACUCUCGCCCUCGCGCGCCACGCUCGCGUCCCACGCCGCCGAUUGGCCGCCGCACAGCGAGUACGUCGACGUCGAGUUGAAGCCGCCCGAGCGGAGGCCCAAGUCCGACGCCAACUCGCCGAAGCGGCAGGACACCGAUCCGUCCUAUCGCUGCAAAGAGUACGAGUUGAUGGCGAAUUUCAUGAGCCAUGCGACCUCACCUGCGGGCGAGGAGGCGCCGCCUGCCGUUCCUCCGCGGGGGCACGCGACGCAGCGCGCGCGGCUGCACCCCAAGCCGGAGCGCGCGCCCGCCGGCAGCCUGCCCGACCCCGACUCCGAGCCCGCAGAGCCGCGGCCCGCCAGUAAACUGGACACGCUGUCUAAUGACGACAGCUUGCUUGACGAACUUCAAAGGGAGGCCUACUGCGUGCUCAAGGUAUGCGAGGACGAGUCCGGUAACGAUUCCACUGAAAUGAGUACAGAAGAACCAGAUCGGAAAGAGAGAGAAGAUUAUGGAAUUUUUUCUAGAAUUAGUAUUCAGCGAAAGUCUAACCCUAUAAAACCCCAAUCGAAUCCCAUGAAACCACUAAAAACGUCAAGUUCCACCUCGAACGUUCAUGAUGCCGGAUCUAAUUCCUCUCGACCGUUCGCGGAGCGUCUGACGCCUUUUUUCCUGAAGAAAAAGUCGAAACCGCCGGAAGAUAUACAAAGUACAAACAAAUCUUCGCGAAAGGAGGAUAACCUGUUCGGUCGCCUGACGCCGCGAUUCGGACAGUCACGGCUGUACGGGCGCGGGCAAUCACUAGAGCUUGCGCCCUCCGAGACGCGCACGAAACGCAUCGAGCGCUCCGCCACUACUGUCAAUCUUCCAACGAGACCGAUAAACUCAUCAAUAGUGGCAAAUCUCAAGUUUCUUAGUCUGCACCGGUACGGUGCUCAAGAUGACGUGCAGUGCCGCACGUUCGUCCGUAGCGACGAAGCAGAGCUGCCGGUCCCGAGCGGAGCGACACACGAGACGCCCGCGAGUGUGGUGCCUGCGGCGGCGGGCGCGCCAGCGGCGCCGACGGAGGGCGCGGGCGAGGCGCUGGAUUUCCCCGACGCCGCGUGGCACCCCGCCGCGCAUGCGCACGGCUCGCUGCUGGCCGCCGCCACCAGUGACAUCCGGCUCUAGGCCCCGCGCGCGCGGCUUCUGUACUGCUCUCCGCGUGCGCACUGUCGCUCCUCGUGAUAAAGGAUGCGAUCGAUACGGUUCUAUUGUAAAGUAAAGUUAAUGGUAGGCUAGAGAUGUAUUUAUUUCUAUGAUAUUUUUGGAACUCCUUUUCGUCGACCUGAAGCGUGUGCCUCCUCUAGUAUGUAGUUUUCUGAAAGAAUACUGGUAUGGUUAAGUCUAAAUGAUAGCAUUAAUACUCAAAAGGUGCCAAGUGUUGUAUGACGUCGCCGGCGCCGGCGCAUUCAACUCUCAUUCCUGUAGCACAAUAAUAAGUGGAAAUCUUAAUGUUGUUAACGUAUAGCGUCUUUAUCGCUUGUAAUUUGUAACAUAUUAGUCUUGAAUUAGAAAUAUUGAAUGUUAUAUGUUAUAAUCACAUUACUUCAAAUGUACGUAUUUUUAUUUGAAUUAUUUGCCAACGAAUGCAUUAAAAUAAAAUAUGUAGAAAUGCCACAAGUAAACCCCACUUGGUGCAGAGCUCGGAUACGAGUAGACAUGCGCGAAACAGUGCUCCAAAAAGUAAUGCUAUAUCACAUCACUUUUUCGAAAACGUAAUAGUACACUGAGAUAUCACAUCACUCAUCACUCGAAACAUGACCCGAACGUGAAACAGCGCUCCGGCGCGCGCGUGAUGGUCAAAUUACAGCAUCUCCUACAUUACGCAGCGCAUUACAGCACUCUAGUGACUAGCGCGUCUCGUACCUAUCCGUAAUCCGUAUCGCCGAUCGAUUUAUUUAAUUUAUUACGCGUUGCGUUUUGUCACCGCUAUGUGAAAGAUUUUUUGUUAAUUCUUAUAAAUCAUAAAAUAUGCAUAAUUUAUUAUUAUUUACAUAAAAUUGAUAUGACACUGAUACAGGUAUGUAAUUAAUUAUGUAUGUAAGUUUUGCAGGUACAUAUACCAUACCUGCAUUGAAAUUGAUUUCCCUUCAUACUUUACCAAAAUAAAAUGGAACUCCAGGCUUAGUUAGGACUGGCAAACUUCUAUAAUUAUUUUACUAUUAUUUACAAUUUCAUUUAAGUAUAUUUAUAAUUUAGUUCAAACAGUCUAUAUAUACACAAAUCUAAUUUCUUAAGUCGGUCUCGGUACGGUACGCACUAAUUCACAAUUAAAUUAAAGGAUAAACAAGUAACUCGUACUUAGUUUGCCGCGAACCACGAAAGUCAACCAAACAUUUCAUAACAAUAUUAAAAAACGGUUUUGUUUUCGUCACAUUCAAAAUCUCAAACAAAUUACUUGAUUUAGCCGCAUCCUUCUCGUACUAUAAGAAAACAUUAUAAGCUCUACGCGGACGCAUUAGAGUUUUAAAUUUAUUGCAGAUGCAGAAAAUCAUAUUCGUAAGAAUAUUAGUGAAAUUUGCGACAACUUAAACGCAAUCGGCCGAGCGGCCCGACCCGAAGUCUUCCGAAGAUAGCCGAAAGAAUCGCAGAGCGAGAGCGCGCGAUCACUGAGUGCGAGUGCGAGCGAGAUAACAAAACAUGGCUUGGCAAACAACCAACUGUGAUGACACUAUUGCAAUUGGCAUUAUACAUUACGCGCACUGUUUAUAGAGUUGAACUGACCAUUCAUAUCGGCGCGUCAAUCUAUUGAAUUUAUCUGGAAUUGAAACCAUUACGCGCGCUUCGGCGCGGGGCGUUCGGCUCACGUGAUGAGUGAUACAUGAAGUAAUGGUUGAUUUUUCCGUGUGAUACGUAAUGGCAUAUUACGCGUUCGAGAGAUAUCUCAUUUGUGAUAUUACGAGCAUAACUUACACAUGUCUAGAUACGAGUAUUUGAGUAGGCAAUGAAAGACUGUUACGCUGUUGUCGGGGGGGUAGAGUGUCGACUGUAGAGUGCUGUGUUCAGUUAUGGUUAUGGCAUUCGUAUGUAGCGGAAUAGAGAUCUUAUCAACUCACAAUCGCAUUGUGAUCUUGUCAAUUGUUUCAAGCAAUACUAUUUCAUGUUUUGCUUUACUAUUCGCCUGUGUACUUAAGGAUUGAUGUGGCUUAAUAUAUAACGUAAUGACAUAAUGUACAUGUAUUGAAAACAUGCAUUGCAAUGUAAACUAUUCUAAACUCGUGUAAGUCUGGCCUUACAUUAUGCCUAACAGUACGGCCUUGUGAUCCGAGAUAGGAGUACGCCAUUCUAACUAUUGACUGACUUUUCGAAUUCACUUGUUAGGUUUCCGUGUUGUAUUGUACGUAACUAUUAUGACGGUCAAUUGAUAGAUUAUUAAUGUCAAAUAUUACCUAUUGAAAAAUGCACAGUAGUUUUUAUUAGUAGCAACUUAUUUUAAAGAAUAUUGAUGAUAGUCUGUUCUGUUGAACGAUUACACUUGGUUUAUGAAACAAGGUUUUCGUUUUAAAAAUGAAACUCAUUUGUAUGUUAUGUGCCUUGUAGUCCUCUGUUUAUGGAGGUAUACUUUGAUUUAACUAUAAAGAAAUAAAGUAAUGUACAAAAUUAAUAUUUCACAAAAAUAUAUUAUGUUAUUUAUUACACCUAUUUUCAUUAUGUUAAAUAAAAACUCCACUUAACGUCA